AUGCACGAACAGAGUUCUGCUGUCAGAUCUUUGAGAUGCGAGGAGGAAGCAGCUGUUUUACCCAAGGAGAAGAAAGAUCGUGGGUCUCCUCCACUUUGGUACAUAAGUGUUGAAGAACUUAACUCCCUCUCAUCAUACAUGAGAGCGAUGAAUGCGGCUAUCAAUGACAUGGCUUCAUACACUGAAGCAAAUGCUUAUCUCAUUUCAGCCCGAAAACAAAAGGUUCUUAAACACCUUGGUCGUGUUAGUGAGACUCGCAUCGGUCAAAACUGCGUCACUAUUCUUAUGAAAACUAAUUAG